AUCACUACUCUUAUCUUAGGGCACCAUUUCCUCUUGCUUUACAUACAGCCGCCAGACGUCAGAAGAGGGAUCUUCGCAAUCACCAAAUCUUCUUUCUCUGUCUCUCUAUUAUCUUUUCAAGCUGAAACCGAUCAAGCAACCAGAGAUCGAAAUGGACCUCUACCUCAGUUCCUUACUCUGCCUCAUCCUAACCCUCACCAUCCUCUAUUUCCUGACCAGAAAACCACACAAAACACGGCCCAAACUCCCGCCGGGCCCGGCCAGGCUUCCAAUCAUAGGCAACCUCCACAAUCUGGGCGACCAGCCCCACAAAUCACUAGCCGAUCUAGCCAAGAUCCACGGGCCCUUGAUGAGCCUGAAACUCGGCCAGGUGACCACCAUAGUCGCUUCCUCCCCUGCCGUAGCCAGAGAGAUCCUCCAAAAGCACGACCACGUCCUAUCGAACCGCCACCUCGGCCUCGCCAUACAGGCCCACGACCACCACCGGUUCGGCAUGCCGUGGCUCCCCAUGGAAUCCGAGUGGAGGAACCUCAGAAAGGUCUGCAACUCCUACAUCUUCACUACCCAGAAGCUGGAUUCCAACCAGGAGCUCCGCAGGAAGAAGAUCGAAGAGCUCCUUGAAGAUGUUCGACGAAAUGCGCGAGAGGGAAAGGCGGUGGAUAUCGGGAGAGAAGCGUUCAGGGCCAGUCUGAAUGCUCUUUCGUCGACGAUUCUGUCGCUGGAUCUGGCGGACGAUGAGGGAUCGGAGACGGCCAGGGAGUUUAAGGAGGUUGCCAGGGGGAUUAUGGACGAAGUGGGGAAGCCCAAUUUGGGUGACUAUUACCCUGUUCUCGCGAAAGUGGACUUGCAGGGGAUACAGAGGCGGAUGAGGACUCACUUUGGGAAAGUUUUGGGGCUGUUUGGUUCGGUGAUCGACGAUCGGUUGGAGAAACUGAAGUCGGAGAGCUACGUCUCCGGUAACGACAUGCUCGACACGCUGCUGGCUAUUGGAGAUGAUCGAAACCGCGAGGCUGCUAUGGAUCCACUUCGCAUCAAACACUUAUUUUUGGAUCUAUUCGUAGCUGGAACAGAUACAACUUCAAGCACAUUGGAAUGGGCAAUGACAGAAUUGCUUCGCAAUCGCAACAUACUCGCUAAAGCUAAGGAAGAACUAGACCAAAAGAUCGGAAGUGGUAAUCAUCUUCGGGAGUCAGACAUCUCUCGAUUACCCUAUCUUCAGUCUAUAAUCAAAGAGACCUUCAGGUUACACCCCGCGAUUCCUCUGCUGCUUCCUCGCAAGGCGGGAGCAGAUGUGGAAAUAUGUGGAUUUGUUGUGCCAAAGGGAUCGCAAAUCAUGGUCAAUGCAUGGGCUAUAGGUCGGGAUCCGGCUACAUGGGACAAUCCCAACUCGUUUGUGCCGGAAAGGUUUGUGGGAUCGGACGUUGACCCCAAGGGGAAUAGCUUCGAGUUGAUCCCAUUUGGUGCUGGUAGAAGAAUAUGUCCUGGAUUACCAUUGGUAAUGAGAAUGUUGCACAUGAUGCUAGGUUCUUUGAUUCAUUGGUUUGAUUGGAAGCUGGCGGAUGGAGUUGAGCCAAAGAACUUGGAUAUGGAAGAGAAGUUUGGGAUCACUUUGCAGAAGGCCAAACCUUUGCUUGUUGUUCCAAUACGCAGAUAGAGCAUGAGCUACCCCUCUUUUCUCGACAACUAUUAAAGUAUUUCUCUUGUCGUGUAUUGUUUUAUGAAGUUUUACUUGUUGGAUUUCAGAUGGAACAUAAACCUAUAUUUUGAUUUGAAGAGGAUCUUGGUUAUUGUAUUUGUAAUCAUGCAAUCAAACAAAAUAUGAGUUAUUGUUUUCUUUUCCCCCGCAAAAGAGUGUUGAAAUGGAGUGGUUAUUAUAAUAAUUAUAUUAAUUGGUAGUAUUUGGAUAGUAUGAUUUGGUUAAUUUGAAUAAUUUGACUCGAUUAAUUUUUUUAAUUUGUUUAGUUUAGGUGGCUUGAUUUGGUUUCAGAUACUAGCUAUUAAUUAAUCAAACCAACUAACCAAUUAGGCAAGUAGUCAUAUACUUAAUACAUCAUAUAACACAUACUUAAUACUUUGCAUAAUACCUAAAGAUUCAAACAUUUCUCUCUUUUUAUUCAUAAAACAAUAAAGCUCUUGAUUGUUCUUGAUUGCAUAACACAAUUUAGGUAGACACGCCCAACUCAUUAUCCCAAACCAUAUAUAUAUAUAUGGGUGGUUCUCGAUACCUUGAGUAAAAUCAAAGUUAUAGCAUACAUUGGGUAAAAUCAAAAGUGGAGCAUACCUUGAGUAAGAAAAUUAUAUAUACCUUACAUUGACCGGAGUUUGGCAUCUAACCCUUAAAGAUUAAAAUCUAGGUCUUAAUUCUAUAAAUCUCAUACACUAAUAACAAUUUAAUUAGAAAUACAAAUCUACGGUUAUGAUUCGUCGAAAUAUAUGCAACAAAUUACAUUCACAAUCUUAGGAGUUAAGCUCUAUGAUUUAGAUAACUAAGACCUACUGUUCACUCAUCAAGGGUUAUGGUAAGUUACAUGCCCAAAAAUUCGGUUAAUUCGAGGUCUUGAUAGCAUUUUCUUACUCAGGUUAUAAUAUCAUUUAUUAACACACCCUCUCAAACGAAAGCCAACUUAUAUAUUUUGAAUACUAUGUGCUUAACACAAGCAGAUGAGUGUCAUCACGAUUUGAACAAAAGACCUCUCGAUCACAGAAAGUUCUAAUACGGUAAUACCAUGUAAAGAACCAGUUGAUACCAAUAACUCUAGUUGUUGGGAGAAGGUUAAUUAUGGAUCUUACAUCACUCUCUAACAACUCAUAUAUCUUUGGUAAUAUGCUUGGGUUGAAAAUACUAAAGUCGGUCCAACCACAACAUACUAUUAAUAUUAUAGAAAAUAAAAUAAAAAUUAUUUUCUUGCAAACCACAAUAUAAAUUCCACUUUCUUUUUCUAGAUCUCGAAGAUAUUAUAAUACAAAAUAGCAAGAUACAAAUAUAUACAAUAUCUUUGCAGACCAUAUUAAGAAAAAGUAAAAUACGUU